AGAUGUCAUUGGCGCCGCAGGUAGACUAGAGCCUCGAAGCAGAGGAUUAUAAACUCCCCCAAAACCCUAACUCUCCUGUGUUGCCUUUUUCUUAACCUCCCAAAACCCUAAACAACACAACCCACUUCCUGUCUUCUUUCCAACAGAUUCUCUCUCCGACGAGACCAAGAACCAUUGCAGGUUUCUAAAAUGGUGGCCGACAAGGGUAAGAAACCCAAGAUCGGAGAGAAAAUCGUCGAGGAGAACGCGGAGCAAAUCGACGGUGAGCUUGUUUUAUCCAUUGAAAAGUUGCAGGAGGUCCAAGAUGAACUUGAAAAGAUCAACGAGGAGGCAAGUGAUAAAGUCUUGGAAGUGGAACAGAAAUACAAUGAGGUCCGGAAGCCGGUGUAUGAUAAGCGUAGUGAUAUCAUCAAAUCGAUUCCUGAUUUUUGGCUGACUGCUUUCUUGAGUCACCCGGUUCUUUCUGAUCUUCUGAGUGAAGAAGACCAAAAGAUCUUCAAGCAUCUGACCUCUCUGGAAGUGGAAGAUUGCAAAGAUGUGAAGUUGGGUUACUCGAUCUCAUUUAACUUCAGUCCCAACCCAUAUUUUGAAGACACAAAACUCACCAAGACUUUUACCUUCCUUGACGAGGGUACAACAAAAAUUACGGCUACCUCAAUAAAGUGGAAAGAGGGCAUGGGUGUUCCUAAUGGGGUUGCCCACGACCACCAUGACCACAAGAAGAAAGGAAACAAGCGAUGCCAUGAGGAGGAUAGCUUCUUUUGCUGGUUCAGUGGGACUCAACAGAAAGAUGUGAUGGAUGAAAUUCAUGAUGAAGUUGCCGAAAUAAUUAGGGAGGAUUUGUGGACCAAUCCUCUUACAUAUUUCAACAAUGAGGCUGAUGAAGAAGAUGGUGAUGAAGGCGAUGAAGAGGAAAAUGGCACAGAUGACUCUGAAGAAGAUGAUGAGGAUCAAGAAGAUGAUGAUGAGGAUGAAGGGAACUGAAUGAGUUUGUGUAAAGUGGUUGGAAAAGUUCAUGUUUAGAGGCUAGAUGUUUUAUCUAUAACUGUGUGGACGUAAAAGGCGGAACUUUUUCCGUUCAAAGAUCUAUAGUUGUUCAUUUUGCAGUUUUUCUGGGAACUACAAUUGAUCAUCAAAGCAAAAAAAGGAAAGUUUCCUGAAUCUAAAAGCGUUUGUUUUGCCUGUGAUGAUAUCAAGUCUGAUGGGAACCUUUUGGUAGGUUAUAUGCUUGAAAUUUGGUCAUUUGCUGCACC